AUGUCUGAUAACAACAAUGGUGAUCAACCUGAAGAUGAAUAUAUGGCCGAUGAAUACGACAUGGAUGACCUCGAGGACGAUAUGAAUGCGGAGUUCGAUGGAAGGGAUAUCGAUGCAUCCGAUUCCGAAGUUGAAGAUUUCGACCAAUUGAACAAGGCUGCAGAUACUUCUGCUGCACAAGCUCGGAAUGGAAAGGACAUUCAGGGUAUACCGUGGGAUAGACUUAGCGUUACUAGAAAAGACUACAGAAAAACUAGGCUAGAACAGUAUAAAAACUAUGAAAAUGUCCCCAAUUCAGGCGAGGCAUCUGAGAAGAGCUGCAUGAAUACUGAAAAAGACGGCUCUUUCUAUACGUUCAGGAGGAAUUCGAGAUCAGUGAGAUCAACAAUUCUUCAUUUUCAGUUGAGGAAUUUGGUAUGGGCUACGUCUAAACACGAUGUUUACCUGUUGUCCAACUACUCCAUCAGCCACUGGUCUUCUUUGACAGGUUGCAGGAAUGAAAUUCUGAACGUUAAAGGUCAUGUGGCUCCAUCCGAGAAACAUCCUGAGAGUUUGUUGGAGGGGUUUACAGAGACUCAAGUUAGCACUCUUGCAGUAAAAGAAAGGCUGCUUGUUGCUGGUGGAUUUCAGGGAGAACUCAUUUGCAAGCAUCUUGACAGACCUGGUAUAAGCUUUUGCUCACGCACAACCUACACCGAAAAUGCUAUCACCAAUGCAGUAGAUAUAUACAGAAACUCCAGCGGCGCACUUCAUUUCAUGGCCUCAAAUAAUGACUGUGGAGUCAGAGACUUUGACAUGGAGAGAUAUCAGCUUGUCCAACUUUUCCGUUAUCUCUGGCCCGUCAACCAUAGCUCCCUAAGUCCUGAUGGAAAACUUGUAGCAGUUGUUGGAGAUGACCCAAAUGGUCUAUUGGUAGACUCAAGUAACGGACAGACGGUCGGGACGCUGAAAGGUCACUUAGAUUAUUCCUUUGCAUCGGCUUGGCAUCCGAACGGUGUAACAUUUGCCACGGGAAACCAAGACAAGACCUGUCGAAUUUGGGACACGAGGAAUCUCUCAGAAUCAGUCGCUGUUCUAAGAGGCAACCUCGGAGCGGUCCGGUCCAUCAGGUUCACAUCGGACGGUCAUUACAUUGCAAUGGCCGAGCCAGCGGAUUUCGUCCAUAUCUAUGACACAAAAACAGGUUACAAAAAGGAGCAAGAGAUUGAUUUCUUUGGAGAGAUUUCAGGGAUUUCGUUUAGUCCAGAUACCGAAUCUCUCUUCAUCGGUGUUUGGGACCGGACUUAUGGUAGUCUCUUGGAGUAUGGUCGAACCAGAGACUACACUUAUCUCGAUUCAUUACUUUGA